UUGGGAUUAGUUGGCGGUACUUUCGGACUAUACGUAGCUCCUGAUCGCGAUGCAGCACAUGCCGUUGUCAGAGCUAAGCUACCACCUUACACGGGAUCCGCUAUCAUACAGAACAGACUUUGAGGAACAACUCGAAAACUUUAGCACACUAAAGCAGUCAUUUUCUUCUGCCCCUUCUCAAUAUAUAAGUAGACUAGAGGAACUUUUGUCGUUCUUAUCUCAGGCUGUAAGGUAUUAUCCUGAGCAUGUUGCCGAUUUUUCUACCAGUGUUAUUCAAACACUGUUGUCGCGUUCAUUUGGUAUGCACCCUGAAAUGCGUAUGGGCUUUUUAAGAGCGUUCAUGAGACUUCGAACUAAAAACUUGAUUCCAGCCACACAAGCAGUUGAUAUUGCAUUUAAGCUAUAUAGAUGUCGAGAUAAACAGGUUCGGAAAACAUUACGUCACUUCCUGGUAAGUGACAUAAAACGAAUGAAUAAAUGUCAAAAGCAAACAAAAGCUAAUGCUGUCAUAUUGUCGUUUCUUUCGAAGAUGAUCAAAGAUAACAGUUCAACUGUUGCUCGUGAGGCUGUUCUAAUCCUACUGUGCUUGUUUAAGAAAAAUGUUUGGAAUGAUGCGCGGACUGCCAACGUCAUUGCAGAUUCAUGUCUAAUGGGCAACAAGAAAGUCUAUGUUCCUGCUAUUCAAUUUUUCUUGGGAAAGUCGAAGGCCCUUGACGAAAUGGAGACCAGCAGUGACUCAGAAUCAGAUAAUGAAGAAAGUAAAAUAAAACAAUUACGUUUGGGACAUCGUGUUGGUGUUAAAACAAAAGGUCGACAAAAACGCCUUGAACGGUCAAUCAAACAUGUAAAUAAGGAAAAAGAACGUAAAAUCAAAAAACGUACAGAACUGACUAAUUUCCAUGCCUUAAAUAUGCUACAUGAUCCACAAACAUUUGCUGAAAAACUCUUUCGAAAAUUGGAACGAUGCUCAGAUCGCUUUGAAAUUCGUCUUUUAAUUCUUGAUCUAAUAAGCAGAUUGAUUGGAUUAAAUAAAUUAGUUCUUCUUAAUUUUUACCCAUUUAUUCAGCGUUUUCUACGUCCACAACAACGAGAGGUGACUCAUUUAUUAUUGUUCUCAGCACAGGCUAGCCAUGACCAAGUUCCACCUGAUGUAAUGGAACCCUUAAUACGAGUAAUCGCUGAUAAUUUUAUUACAGAACGUGCCUCAUCCGAAGCAAUAGCGGUUGGAUUAAACUCAGUACGUGAGAUAUGUUUACGUUGCCCGUAUGCAGUUACCAAAGAUUUAUUGUCUGAUUUAAUUCAGUAUCGAUCAUAUCGAAAUAAGAAUGUGGUCGCUGCAGCACGAUCCAUUAUACGACUUUAUCGGCAAAUAAAUCCUGAAUUAUUACCACGUAAAGAAUGCGGACGUCUAACAGAAUCACAAUUGGACGUAAUAAAAUAUGAUCUACCUCAAGAUGUUGCAAUUAAUUAUGGCCAAUGUACUACAUCUUCAACUAUUCCUGGAGCUGAAAUAGUUGUUCUGGCUUCAGAAAAAUUAAAUAAUAAAAAGAAAGAAUCCUCAGAAAAAUCUAACCAAAGUUUGGACUGUUCAGAGAAAUACUUAAAUAAUGAAAAAAAUGAUUCAUUGGAAUCGUGUUCUGAUAUCCAAGAGUUCGAGGAUGAAACAUGUUCUGACAGUGAAACAGAUGAAUCAGAUGGUGAAUGGGUAAAUUUAUCUAAUUCUUCAGAAGAUGAUGAACAAGAUAACGUCGACAUUGAAAUGGAUGAAUGUAAUGUAAAUGUUCCUUCAAAGAAAACUAAAAUAGAUCCAACUGUUCUAAAAGAAAAAGCUUUCGAAAUAGCAACAUCACGUAUAUUUACCCAAGAGGAAUUUGAAGCAAUGCGGAAAUAUCAACAAACAAAACAGAAACGUUUUGCAUCCUAUAGUUCAUUGCGAAAUAAACAUCAAAUCGAUAAUUCAGAUUCAUAUUUUAUUGUGGAUACUGAUGAUGAAGAUGGUACAAACACUGGUGUUGGUAUUCAAAAUAAAGAUGGUAGUCUAGGCAAUCUUGUUAGUAUGAGUGCAAUUACACGUCUAGUGAAGCGUCCACAUCAAACAAAAGCUGAUCGAAUGGAAUCAAUUGAAGAAGGUCGAAUUGGACGAGAAAAAUAUGGUUUUAAGGUGAAUCGAUUAAACGUCUAUGCCAGUACAACAAAUCGUGAAAAAUUAAAAAAUAAAACAUUUCAAAUGGUUAAACAUAAAAUUCGACGUAAAGCAAAACGUAGUUUUCAACAAAAACAAAUUGCUUUAAGAGAUCAUUUAAAGAAGUUGGUUAAACGUUCACGAUAAUCAAAAGGAAAAGAAAAAAGCUCUCUUGUAUAGUAAGUGAAUUCACUUAUAUUCGUUCAAUAAAUGAAAAACAUAAGUCUCUAUGGUGAAUUUCUUCAGAUUUGAUAUUGUGUUCCGUGAAAUGAUUCUCUAGUCGGGCGAACCACAACUCAGGAUCACCACGAUCAAAUUCUGGGAUUCGGACUUUCGUAGUCAUAACAGUGUCUAUCUGCACUAGUGACAAGUCUUUCAGGUUAUGGGUUUGUAUUUGGUCUGACAUGAGGUAUAUGACCAAUAUAGUAAUAUGAUAAGAACAAGGUAAAAUGAUCACUACAACCCAAGUACCUUAAGAUAAAAAAUGUGUAAAUAUACAUACCAAACUUUGGUUGAGGAUAAUCGGAUGGUCUACUUCUACGAUUAAGUUAAAAAAUAAUUAUUAUUAUCACUAUUAAAUAAAGUUAAAUUUGUGUUCAACACAGAGCUCACCAGUUUUGGCCCUGUAGGCAACUCUCGAUCUAUUGAUGUGAGAAACCAGACUAGUGGUGAAUAGGUCUUUAUUAAGAUCGUGGGACAGUCGCAGUAAAGCGGAAGGUUACCUGUUCAAACGCACACAGCUUUUCAACAUUCAAAAUAGUAUCAUAGGAAAUAUAAUGCCUAUACGAAAUAAGGAUGUGAAUGGAUACUUAAGCUUUGCCACUUUCAGCACUAGUGAAAUAUUAAUGUUUCCCAUCUUCUCUUACUGGACGUGCUACGCUGAUCUCUGCCUCCGAAUAAAUUAAGAAUCGCGCGCCUGUCGUCCGGUUUUGUAUAUCAAACAGGCGGCCAUUCGCAGGUAUUAUACUCUUUGAUGCCUUCGCCGUGGUCACUCGUGGAGACCGCUUCCCUUUUAUGCUAAAUCUAUAAGGUGGCAAACACUUUCUAGCUCUAUAACCGUACAUUCGACGAUACCAGCAUAUCAGUGGAGCUGUGAGUCUUCUGGAAGCUGAUCGGCUUCUGUCGUGCUCGCUAACUCGUGACGAUCUUUGUGACCUCCCGUUCUGUGUUAAUUCUGUGAGCCUUCGGCACAAAACAUUUACCUCAUUCUGUACAGUACUGAUUCUGUCAUCUACCGUUGCGCUAUGUAAAUGAGGGUUUGUUUGCUUGGUUAUUUCGUAUAUUCACUCGGCUAGUUUACUGUAUUGUUUAUGUCGGCGUUGGUAUCUCCAAAGACUAGGAUCUGCUGUACAUUUGAUGAGAGUCGGUGAAGCCACAGUUGAUAAGACGGCCCACUGUCUAUCUUCCUGUCUCCCAGAAGACGUUUUAGCUGCGGUUAGCUAGAAAAUAGUUUUCGAGUUUAAUAAACCAUUGCUGCGGGUCGGUUACCUUAAAAGGCGGGAUAGUAAAAUCGAGGGCUCUCACAGGCAGGGUUUGUUGUAUACUUGACACAGCAUUUUCAGAAGACAUGUUUAUAAAAGAAUUAAAUAGUACACGAAUAUAGUGUAGAUGUUAAAAAUAGAAAUGGACUGACAAAACCUAUAUACACGGAACGUCGGAUGAAUCAUCGAGUGGUAUUUAAGAGAUCAACAUUUUAGUUAGUCUGUCGUGUGAUCUGGUGUUCAUAACGGUACAAGAAAAUAUUCGAAUUGUGACUGUUCAUAUAACAUUGUCUGUCAAGUAAAAUAAUAAGAGGGCUUAACCAAUAUUAACCACAAUGUAAAUUGGUUGUAGGAUAGUUGCUAUAGGAUUAGUCAGAACAGAGUGGGAUGGAUAGUGCUGGUUGAUGAUCUGUGCUACCUGACGAGGGUGACAUACAUAAGCAAGUAUUUGUGACUAACGAUCGUCUCAAUAUUUUGUGUCACAUAAACUGUCGUUGUUUUUAUUUUAUGUGAGUUGGGAUUCGUGACAAGUCAUUUCAUGAGAUUCGUAUAAUGACUUUGGUUAACUUGCACUCUAUAUAUGUCUAGUUUUGACGAGUAGAAUGAUUGAGGCUAGUUCUUUGAACAAGGUUUCUCAAGUAAUGCAAUUGGAAUUAUAUGCUUAUGUAAGAAUAUCACAAAUUACAUUGUGAAUUAUGUUGAUUUUGACGUGUCAACUGGUAAUCAAUGUGAUAAACAAACGAAUGAUGUGUAAUACAUAUAUGGUAGGAGAAUUGAAUUUGGUUGGUGGAGUUAAUAACGAUCACAAUAAUAAUAAUAACUAUGUUAUUAGUUUUAAUCCAGAUAGUAAUGAAGAAGACGUCACAUGAACAUAAUAAGCGAUAAGAGAAGUAUUGUCAAGGUGAUUGUAUCAAGAAAAUAAAGAGGAUUAAGAAUGCUGAAUGUGUAGAUCGAGAACGGGAUAGGGCGGAUGUGAACGCUUAGAGAAUUAUGGGAUAAGUAUUAUAUGAUGCUCGAUUAAGAUAUUCCACCACACAUGCUUCAGGGAGAUGAUGCCAUCUUCAUAGCUUUGAAUCACAGGGUGUUAUUAGUCAGGCCACCACUAGAGACAUUCGAGCACUGAAUGGCCAUUGGGUUACUGUGUGUGUGACUACUCUAUAGCUCACAUUGAUGACGAUGCAUCCAGCACUACAAUGCACAAUCUUCUUUUCGGUUUCUUGUUUGAACGCUUAGCUAUUCGCAAAAUUACUACUGAUAAGCUCUGAGAUUGUUUUGCAGUCAUCACUCAAGAGACUUCCGCACUUUCAGGUGCUCGUGCAUGUCUAUUAAAAAGAACUAGACACUAUAUUUUUGGAUCACUAUUUAUUGGUGACAACUCUUGAUCAAUUCCAUUCAUCCUAUGAGACUCAUCAAUUUGGUUGAAGUUUGUAGUUAACUGUGCAGCUGCUGUGGAUUCAUUCAUCUUGAAGUAGCGUUUCCUCUGGUGUUAUCAUUAAUUACGAUAUUUCACUGGUAUGAACAAUAUGUUAGACCCAAUAGUUUUGUGAAUUUACAGAGCUGCAAAGGAAUCAGAACACGUGAAUGACCUCCAUCAGUAUUCUUAAUUGCACUGGGGCAAUUGAAAUUUCAUGUACUAACCUUCCCACAAAACGUGGAACAGAACAGUGUAUAAAUGCAUGAAUAAUCCGAUCGUUCACUGUAGCGGAAACAUCUGUGACACUGUAUAUAUAGCUCAAGGGUGAAAUAUUGGUGGUGUUGUUAAUUUCCACUCAGAUCUAUUCAAAUAAGCUGUUGAGAACACUGUUUCCAAAUUAUUAUCUGUGAAGUACUCCAGGCAGUAUAUUAAACAAUCAACUUCAUGUUUAUCUUCUCUGUCAGAGAGAUGGAGAAAGUAGGCUAGAAUAUAUACAACUGUAAAUCCAAAACCGAGGAAAAGCACUAUGAGUUAGUGAAAAGUACUAAGAAUGGUCUCUCUGACGAGACUGUAGUUCUUAGUGGCGAAACUCUAUUUCGAGGUGAGUGUGCAACGGCAUUUAGUAAGUUUAAGAAUGCAGUAAUCCUAGGCAAACCAGCUAAUGACGUACGUAUCGAUAAUGUUCAAUUUAGUGUCUACCAGACCUAGUGGAGUGUUGUAAACUCUUGUAUAACUACUGCAAGUUUUUAUUGAAUGAAAACAAUCGCAUAAGCAUUACUGAUGUGUGGGCGAGAAUGACAAUGAUUGGUUGUUUUGCUGGGUCAGAUAUUAGAUAGGAUGACAGGUGUUAUGU